AUGUCUGAAGACAGUAUCUCCAUCACAAGCCCUACCUCCCUCGACAGCAUCCCGACGUCCGCGAUGAGCUUUCAGCCGCCUGAUCCGCUGCCCGAGGUACCUUUGCCGUCUACGAGCAGCAAAGAAAAAACGAAGGAGCCAGUAAUUGAGGAAGACGAAGACUACUUCAUGCAGAGCAGCUUCGUAUACUUCCAGGUCGAGAAUCGUCUGUUCCACGUGCCCAACUACCGAUUCACGUCCGAGUCCCACAUUUUCUCGGGGAUGUUCAAGCUGCCCCAGCCAAAUGCCAUCGACGUCGAGGGCGCUUCUCGUAACAACCCCAUCAAAUUGCCCGACGGACCGGACGGUAUCCGCCACACCGAUUUCAAGAACUUUAUGAAGGCCUUAUAUCCUCUAAAUGUUUCGCUCACUCUUUUCCUCUCGAAAGCCGAGUGGAUAUCGGUCUUGAAGCUGUCGAGCUUCUGGUAUUUCCUGAGCUUCAGGCAGAUGGCGAUAUCCGAACUUUGGCGUAUGAACGAGCUCUCCUCCGUUCAGAAGAUCGAGUUUGGGCGACUUGUUAAGAUUUCUCAUUGGGUUACUGCCGGUUACAGUGAGCUCAUUGAAAGAGAUGACCCAAUAUCAAAGGAAGAGGCACUCCUCAUUGACUACGAAACAACGUUUUCUCUCUUCCGAAUUCGGGAGCUCCGGCUGAAGCGCGUUUUGAUAUCCUCUAUGCAGGCGAUAGAGAACGAGUUCGCAUGGGAGCUGAAGGAUAUCCGAGCGGAAGAGAAGGGAUACGAAGUAGUAGAGGAGGACCUUCCGAUAUCAAAACCAUGUUCGCGGCCCCCAUCUUCGCAUUCUUGGUACCAGCACGAAGAAUGGUCUCCCCCUCCACCCCUCCCUCCACGCUCCCCUUCGCCUCCCAAACAAGCAUGUUUGGACCCAUCUCCGUUUGAUUCUAUUCCCUCUCCUCCUCGACCAAGCUUGAAAGGGAAGCCGAAAAUGAGGAGGUAA